ACAGCCUGGCCUGACACGGAGUACCCCACACCACUAUGUCACUCUCAUCUCCUUCCUCCUCCGCCGUGUCCGCAAGGAGCACCCGGCCUCUCUCUACACCACACCCCUCCUGGUCCACUGCAGUGCCGGGAUUGUGGAGGACCGGAACCUUUAUCCUCCUGGACCUGGGCCCUCCAGCAGAUGAGGAGCGAGAGAACAAUGAGCGUCUUCCACCACCUUCAGAGUAUGAGGAACCAGAGGAUGAAGAUGGUCCAGACACUGGCUCAGUAUGUUUUGUUCUACGACUCAUUGAGUGAGCUGGUGAUGUGUGGAGAAACGGAAGUGGCUGCAGCCAACUUCAGGAUAAACAUGAUCAAACUACAGAAGCCAUUAGCAGGAGACCGAUCUGGUCUCACUGGCUUUCAGAAGCAGUUUGAGACCCUGGAAAAGGUGAGCUCCCAGUACCAUGCUAGCUACCAGGAGGGACUUGCAGAGUACAACUCACACAAGAACAGGUUUCCUGAUAAAAUUCCCAAUGAGUUGGGUCGUGUAAGACUGAGAUGUGGACACAAACCUGGUUCUGACUACAUCAAUGCCUCCUUUAUUGAUGGCUACAGGCUGAGAAGAGCCUACAUAGCGACUCAGGGACCUCUGUCGGAGACAGUGAAUGACAUGUGGAGGAUGAUCUGGGAAAACGACUGCAAAUGCAUUGUCAUGCUCUGUCAGACCAUGGAGCAGGGACUGGAGAGCAGCCAUUGCUUCUGGCCACCAACUGUUGGGGAAGAGAAAGUCUACGGAAAUAUCAGGGUGUGGUUGAUGAAGGAGAGUGUCCAUAGAGAUAUCACAGAGAGGAGACUGGAGAUAGAGGGGGGAAUAGGAGGAGUCACUAGGAUGGUGACACUCCUGCAGCUGACCAGCUGGCCUCCUGGACACCUGCCCCUCCCAAAAUCCAUCUUGUCUCUGGUGGAGCUCCUCAGUAAGGCUCAGAGGAGCUGCUCCAGCAGACACACCACCGUCAUCUGCAGUGACGGAAUGGGGAGGACUGGACGUUCAUCUGUCUCCACUCCCAGUUGGAGAGACUCAAGACGGAGGGUGUGGUUGAUUUCCUCCAGGCUGUCAAGUCUGCUCGUAUCCAGAGACCAGGCCUUGUCACUGAUGCUGCUCACUAUACAUUUUGUCAUGAAGUGGUGGCUGCUUAUGUGGACAGUUUCGAGACUUAUGCUAACUUCAAAGAACUUGUGUGAAACCAUUCCGCCAGAUGAAAAGGUCCUCUGCUGUGUAUAACAGGCGGCCAAAUGGCAGUCUUUUGCCUUACGCAUAAUUUCUGACUUUUAGCUAUCAUUCUUAGGUCUCACUAUAGCUAUAUAUUAGUUUUGGCACACGUAGAAUUCUAAAGUGAUCAAUAGAGCUACAAACAGAACUGUUAUUAGCAGCUAGUGCCAAAGUUUUUACGCAUGAAGCAUGGCUAACAUUGCCAGUUUAAAGUGUAUGUGCGGACUUUCUUGUAUUGCCGUCCGCUUGCUUAGUACAGGAUCAUAACACUGAC